GCGUCUUCGGAGCUCCGUCUUCUCCCACCGACAACCGCACUUAUUACUUAGACGACAAUUUUCAGCGAAAGCAAUUUACUCCUCUUUCCCUGCUACCUUGGACUACUAUUCCCCAGGUCCCACCUCGGCCCUGUUCGACCACAGAGAGAGCAACGACCGGCCGAACGACCUCUAUGAUGAAGGGGUGACUGUGGAGAAGAAUGGCCUCGUAUAUCCGGCCAUCGACACGAGAUCUGUUUCCAACGGCGCAGUCAUGUUUCCAAAUACCUUUAUGAUGCAGGAGCUUGUUCGUGGAUACUUUGACGAAGUUCUUGAUCGCGAAGACGAGGGCAGUCAAGUUGAGAAGCCGUUUAUUUACACUAUUUCUAAGGGAACGCCCAUUCCCAGCCAUCUCAUUCUUAUCAACGAGUACAUUUCCAGGUUCUCGCUCCAGCCAUCCCGUGGCAUGUUGCUCAAAGAACUGAAUCAAUCAUUAGAUGAGUUCUAUGCCGAGCAUGCCCAAAAGGAGACUGCAGAGAAUUGGCUGAACACACAUCCUUUUCAAGACGCUGUAUCAGAUGAUGAAGAUUCCGUAUGGAUUGGCAAAUAGCCGAUUUUGUGAUGAUUGGUACGAAUGCCAUUUACCACUCUUGAUGCUGUGAUGGUGCCGCUCAGGGCUGCGGUCAAUUCAAUUUUUAAUAAAGACAUUCGUCAGUGG